AUUGGAGUAACACUGUUGAGAGGACAAGAUGGCGAAAUUCAGUACACUUUUGCUUUUACCUUUGAUCGCUUUGACAAAUGCUGGACCCACGCCAAUAAUCAUAAACGGAAAGGUAGCGAAACCAGGUGAAAUUCCUUACCAGGUGUCGCUGCAAGUAGCAAAAAUUAUGUUUCACUUCUGUGGCGGAUCUAUUCUCAACGAACGUUACGUUAUAACUGCUGCUCAUUGCGUCACAGCGCUGCCGGUGGAAUUGGUGGUAAUUGUUGCUGGUGUAGUUGAUCUACGAAUGCCAACUUCGAAACAUCAGAUCGAGACCGCUUAUGUUCAUGAAAAUUAUAAUGCUACAGAUGCCUAUGCGAACGACAUUGCUCUACUCAAGGUGAAAGAACCUUUCGUGAAGUCUACUUUAGUAUCUUUCGUGCCCAUGCCCUCCCCCGGAGAAAUCGCCAAAGCUAACGAUCCAGCUAUAGUUUCUGGAUUUGGUACUCUCACGUAUGAAGGAGAAAUGACAAAGCUUUUGCACUGGGUGGAUAUCAAAGUAGCUGACCAAAAUUACUGCAACCGAAUGUAUAAGAACGUUAUCCACAACACACAGCUCUGCGCGUACGAUAAUACCACUGUAAAAGGACAUUGCGAUGGUGAUUCCGGUGGUCCUUUAACGGUGAAUGGAAAACUUCAUGGAAUCGUCUCUUGGUCAAAGAAUUGCGCGAAUGUCGUAUAUCCAUCGGUCUACACGAGAGUUAGCUCGUAUCUUAAUUGGAUAAAUGAACACGCAGUAUAAUAGAUUCGCAACUUUUUAAACGACGCAC